UGAAUAAAAGGGGCUACAGGUGAGGAAGAAAAGUGAGGAGCUUCUCUAACCAGACUCCUGCACAACCUGUGCUGACUCUUGGGAUUCUGCACAAAAUUAUUUUCCUGCUGCUCGUUUUGGUUUUGAAGAAGCAUAUUGAGUCCAGAUAUUGAAGGAUUUUUUUUUGCUGAGUCUUUAUAUUGAAGGCCAUGUCAGGAAAGAUGUGCAGUAGCAACAGUGUUAUUCAGGCACAAAAACUGGUGGAUCAACUUCAGCUGGAGGCAAGCAUGGAGAGAAUAAAGAUCUCUCUGACAGCAGCAGACUUGGUCCGGUACUGUCAGGACCACAGGCGCAGUGACCCUCUGCUCACCGGCAUCGCUGCCUCGUCCAACCCGUUUAAAGAUAAGAAGACCUGUGUGCUGCUUUAACAGUCCUGAGAAGAGCUGACCGACCAUUAACAGACUGCCAUACCAUAGGGACAACUCCUGUCGGAGUGUAACCACAAUUUUUCUACUGUCAGACGUGUAGAAGAUAAUCCUUCUAUUAUGGCAAUAAAUCAGCUAUUUGAGACAAUGCAUGUUAAGCCUAAAACAUAGGAAAUGUGAAAAAUACAAAUAAUGGUUUUGCAUUUGUAAAUACUUUCCAUUUAUUUUCUCUUAAAGGCUUUAUUUAAUGUUGCUUCUUUACACAUUUCCCUUAAAAGGUUUGAUCUCGACCUUUCAAUAGUAUGGAAUUACAUGGGUAACUUGACUCAGGACUUGAAUUUGAAUAGCUGCUUUU